AUGAAUCGCUUCAGGACAAAGAAGAGGGCGAAGGACGACCUUGCGGCCGGUCGCUCGAGCGAAGAGUCGGAGCACGCGUCGCUCUCGUUCUUCCGGAAGGGUAAGAAGGCACAGCAGGAGGAGGUCAAGAAGGAGUUUGAUCUCGCCAAUGCCCUGCCGUCGGACGAUAAUUUUCGAACCAGCUUGUUGAUGAGCAACCUCUCGGCCCGCUUCUCCAUGCUGAGGGAACAGGAUGAUCCGAAUACCAAGAUUGGGAAGGCUAGCGAUGACAGCGUCCUUUAUCCUAAGCGACAAUCACGACUGGCCGAUUUUGGAUAUGGGGGAGUUGGCGGUCUUACCGACAUUGCCGAGGUUGAGUCUAUAAGGGGUCACAACUUCCUUCGCACAACCUCGGUGGCGUCCGACGACCCGGACUCGGGAGCCGGAGCAAGCGUUCUGACCCGCGCCCGACCCACCGAGGGUAACAAUCUGUUCGGCGGAAGGCAGAAGAUCUACAAGAUUCCGGCUAACUCCGGAGGCGGCCUGAGCGGCCGAGCCUUGUACGAGGAUGACGUCGCCACGUCUGCCUUUCAGCGUUGGAGGCUGGCCGAGAAGGAGAGAACUUUGGCGCUCCAAAGCGACGCGGAGCAGGAUGGAGCGGAGGAAGAAUCUGGGAACGCUCGCCCCGAAUCCCCUCCUCCCAUGGGCUAUAACCGCAAGCGCGAGACGUCAUCUACCACAUCUUCCGCUUCCAACAUGGCCCGCAACUCCACCGCUGCCACCUCAGUCACCUCAAAGGAUGGACACUCAGCGCCAACCGUGGCAACGUCGGCCAUCGCCUCCAUCCCCGAGCGAAGUGUUACCAGGACUCGGCGGCUUUAUGAGCAGGGCUUCAACCAGGACGUGUCCGAGAAUCAGAGCUCGGUACUAUCGCGGAUCGAAAACCUAACUCGCCCCCGCCCGUUCGCAAACACGGCGGAGGGCAACCGGGCGAUCCUCACCAAGGCGAGUGCACCAAAUCUGAGGUCGAUGAGUCCGGCCUCCACUGGUCGGUCAACCGGCCCUCUCAAUUUAGGGAGCAAGGUGCAAACAGAGGCCGAACCCGGCAGUCUAGGCGGUUUACCUCCUCUGAGCCCGCCCGUCAGCGAAAGCGGCGAACAGCCAAUGCCAUCUAUUGUUCCCAAGGAUGUGGGCAAGUCAACAGCAAUGGGUAUUUUCCAGAAGUCGUCGCAACCCUACGAUGAGUCCCAGUAUGUCCAACGGCAACUUCAACUUCAACAGGGCCGAGAAGCCCCAACACAGAGGCACCGAGCGGGAACCAGUGACCAAAGCGUGCACAACUUCCAAGACCACGCCACAAGCUCGACGACUAUCACAGCUCGACCGGCAUUGCCAGAUACAAGGCUCCCCCCAACCCCUAUUACCGACACGGAAAUCACGGAGUCAACAACCGCGGUCAGCCUGGCUGGACUAUCCGUGCCGGUCGAAAUUGACAUCGAGCGACCUUCGGACAAAGACCAUCCGGCCUUCAGGCAAUCUGCCUUGCCAACCCCCUUGUCCAUCGGCGGGAGGAUCAGCAGAGAUCCCUCUCCCGUUCCUAAGCCCAAAGUUUCGACGGCUAGUGCCGAGCAACCAUCGCCAGAUGACUCUCCAACACUAGGUCCAGCUGCAGGUCUCAGUGGACUCGUCCGUCAGCACCUCCGUACAGAGAGUGUUGAUUCAUCGCUGGGCGGUGCAGGGGUAGAUAUCUCCGCCCCCGAGUCCCGUUUUAAACUCGAUUCGCAAGACCCAUCAGCUGCUUCUGAACUUGGUCUUGGGGCAAGUCUAAGCCCCUGGCCAUCUUCCGAUCAAGACUGGGUCCGCUCCGUCCCCGGGAAGCCUGCGGAACCAACACCGAAGAUACCGGAGGGGGAGAUCCAAGCUAAGCGGGAGGCCACGGAGUCCGAGACGCCCAAUCAAACCAGCACCGCCACGGAUGACGAGACGGACGAGUUUGCUAAUCAGCUUGCCAACGCUCGCCGCCGGGUCAGGGAGAAGCUGACCUCAUAUGUCGAAUCGGACAGCAGCAGAGCUCCGUCUCCGCUGUUGAUGCCAACGGACUCGCCUAGUCUGUCGGCACAGUCCUCGAACGCCCUUGGCAUACUCAAGCCAAAGUCAAGCCGAGGAUCCCUCAUCGACCGCUCGCGUAACAUGGUACACGGCCAGUCCAAGGGUCUCAAGAUCCUGGGUCUUGGUGGAGCAACAGUGAGUGCCCCGCCGCAGCCUGGCGGCAACCCCUCCUUUGAGGAAAAGGACACAGGGAACAAGGACGAGGACAGCAACGCUCACCCGGGGCUCAAGGCGUUCCGACAAGCCCGACGAGAAUUGCAGAGGCGAAAGGAGCUUGAGAUGCUCGCUCGACACCAAAGGGAGCAGACCUUGCAGUCCGCAGACGAGUCCCUGGACCAGCGAAAUGGCGUGCACUCGGAGGCUAGGGCAGACCGGGGACCACAGCCACGACAGCGGACGCCCAGCAGGGAGAGGAGGUUGCCUCCGGUGACCUACCGGCAACGGCCGCCCAGCGACGAGGGUAGCUACAAGUCUCCAGGCGGAACGCAACCAUCUGGUGAACGGUCCAGGAGCGGUUCCGAAACGAGUGGAGGGCGGUCGAGCAGCCGGCCGCCCCGUCUGCGAACCAACACCAACACGGGGCAGUAUGAACAACUUGGACCGCCCAAUUCCGGACGGCCUAUGAUGCGCUCUCCAGGGCUGCCCGGGACAGACAUAAAAGGCUCUCCGAUGAUGCCGCCGUAUCCGUAUCCCAGCCGCGGAGCGCCUUCACCCGCAUCGUCUCCCCAUCCUGAUCGCUCAAGACAAGGGGCGAACCUCGCUCUGCACACUGGGCGACCAGGACUGGAUCCGCAUUCAGGUCAACCAUCUCCCAUCUCGCCCAUGGGACUACCCUCACCAGCCCCUUACACGAUGGGUCCUUCGGGAUCUCCGGUUGGCACCCCCACGUCGCUUGGGCCUCGACCGCGAGGUCCAUCAGCCUCGCAUUCACCGGCCUUGGGACCGAUGAACGGCGGUAUGCCCGGCCCGGUCAGACGGCCUGUUGACAAGAGGGAGAUAUCGGACCCCACGUUUGUCAUGUCAUCAAGCAGGGUCCAUGCGACAACGCUGCCGCACCAUUCUCAACACCACCCGCCGCCCCUACAUUACCCCCCACCCCCGCACCAGCCUCCUCCCAUGAUCCCGAAUAUGGGUGACGGCGCCCGUCCGUACGGCGGGCCGAGGUCUCGUUCCAACAGCCGUGCGGCAGGCUCCGCGCCACCGGUGCCGCCCAUCAAUCCCCGCCGCAGGCGCGACGACUCCCGGACGCGGGCCCUUCAAGAAGAGGGCGAAACGACAGCUUUCCGGGUGCCAUUCUCCAACCAAGCAGCGCCCGGUAUGGACCAUGGGGCCGGCAGCGACGAUGAGGGAGGUAACAGAACAGACCAGCGACGACGGCUGCGGAAACCCCACCCGAAUACUCUACAGGGCCCCAGUUCCAGACAUUUCACCGGAUCUGGGAGGCCAAGAGACGACAGCCCGCCGUUAGUGGCCAAAGGGCCGCCGGUGAGCCGGACCGUGGCGACGUCCGAUAUGGGGGGUGUUCCGGGUGGUAUGUUUUGA